UUUCUCCCUGGGUAUGGCAGUCUGUUGCUGUGUCUCCACAGAGGCAGGGCCAAAGAACAUGAUAUUUGUAUAUUUACUCACUUAAUAUGAAAAAAAAUCCUACUUAUUUCCCUCUGGUACCCUCAGAGGGCUCCUUUCCAGGUCCUUGCUACAUCAUUUUUUAAGUCUAGAAAUGAAACUGGUUGGGCUUGCUAGUAUACAGGUAUGGAAGAAGUCUCAGACUUGGGGAUGAGAGCACAGCAGGACAGAACUAGCAGAGCCAGCAAGCGAUUCAACGCCCCUAUGCUCUGGCUCUUGUUUCCACAACAGGCUUCAGCUUCUCAUCAAUCACCUCCUUUCAAUUUCCAGCUUGGGGAGCAGGAAAAGCUAGUGUGAGACUGACAGUAGGAAAUGAAGGGAUAGAUCAAUAAAUGAGGGAACAUUCGAUAAUGAAGGUCCAUUUAUUUGCAGUACUCUGCACUACCCUGGAGCUGGAAAAUGGCAGUUAAGGGAGGUUGGGACCUAAUUCUACAUUCUGAAGGGUCCUCCAAACUCUACUUAAAGGGCUGCCACAGGAUGAAACUUCAAGCAACUCUGAAGGCUUGAAAGAGUAGUUGGAACAAUUAGUGAGGGAGGGAGCAAAGAGACAAAGUGACAACCAUCCAAGAAAGGAGUGAGCAGAUAUUUGCAGAGGCUGUAGAAAAAACAGCCUACAGAGCAGCAGGAAGAAGCAGCAGGAGUUGUCAAGAGACUGCUGGUAUUAAGUGAAGAAGAGGGGUCAAACAUUAUUCUGUUUUUCUAGCAUAGAAAACCACAAAAUUUGUGGUAAUGGGUCAGUUUGGUAAAGGGGAGAAUUAGAGAAAGGAAGAUGAAGAUCUUUUUGGCCAUGUGUAAUUUAAGAUAUCAACCAGAUGCUUACUGUAAUAUGGAAAGAUGCUACACUUAGCCUGCUCUGAGAAGGAAAGUUUCAGAUGCCACAAAGAUGAGUUAUGGUGACACACAUUCGUAUAUCAAAUGAGUAACCCCUCACUCUUAUUCUUUUCCGCUAAAAAAAAUAAAUAAAUACAUAAAAAUAAAUAAAUAAAAUAAAAUGAUCGAUCCCUUAGAAAAUUCUCCUUCCCUCAACUGCUAAGGACAUUUCGGAGCUCCUGGACUACGUUUCCCACAGCGCACUGCGCCACGCCCACCUUCGCACCUCCGGAAACACGUCCCAGGAGUCUCUGGGCGCAGAGCUCCGCCUCCGCCGCUAGGGGCGGGGCGACGUCGAACUCGGGAGCGCCCGCUUACGCACUUCCGCUAAGGGUCUGAGGCCGAAUCGCCGUGUGGCGGGUUCGAGUCCCGCCUCCUGACUCUGGCCUCUGGCCCUUGAAUCCCGGGCGGGGUGCCUUCGCCUGGUAAAACCUCUCCUCGUUAACAGGCGACCGCAUACCUGGAUCUUCACCAUGGAGGACUACCUGCAGGGUUGUCGAGCUGCUCUGCAGGAGUCCCGACCUCUACAUGUUGUACUAGGAAAUGAAGCCUGUGACUUGGACUCCAUGGUGUCUGCUCUUGCCCUGGCUUUUUACCUAGCAAAGACGACCGAGGCAGAGGAAGUCUUUGUGCCAGUUUUAAAUAUAAAACGUUCUGAGCUACCUCUACGAGGUGACAACAUCUUCUUCCUUCAGAAGGUUAACAUUCCAGAGACCAUCUUGAUUUUUCGGGAUGAGAUUGACCUCCAUGCGUUGCACCAGGCUGGCCAACUCACCCUCAUCCUUGUCGACCAUCACGUCUUACCGAAAAGUGAUGCAGCCCUAGAGGAGGCAGUAGCAGAGGUGCUAGACCAUCGACCCAUUGAGCAGAAACACUGUCCUCCCUGUCAUGUUUCAGUUGAACUGGUGGGGUCCUGCGCUACCCUGGUGACUGAGAGAAUCCUGCAGGGGGCACCAGAGAUCUUGGACAGGCAAACUGCAGCCCUUCUGCAUGGAACCAUCAUCUUGGACUGUGUCAACAUGGACCUUAAAAUUGGAAAGGCAACCCUAAAGGACAGCAAAUAUGUGGAAAAACUAGAGGCCCUCUUCCCAGAUCUGCCCAAGAGAAAUGACAUCUUUGAUUCCCUACAAAAGGCAAAGUUUGAUGUAUCAGGACUGACCACUGAGCAGAUGCUGAGAAAGGACCAGAAGACCAUCUAUAGACAAGGCAUCAAGGUGGCCAUUAGCGCAAUAUAUAUGGAUUUGGAGGCCUUUCUGCAGAGGUCCGACCUCCUUGCAGAUCUCCAUGCUUUCUGCCAGGCUCACAGCUAUGAUGUCCUUGUCGCCAUGACUAUCUUUUUCAACACUCAAAAUGAGCCAGUGCGGCAGUUGGCUAUUUUCUGUCCCCAUGUGGCACUCCGAAUGACGAUCUGUGGAGUCCUGGAAAGCUCCCACUCUCCAUCCCUGAAGCUGACUCCUGCCCCAAGCACCCAUCCCAACCUCCAAGCCUAUCUUCAAGGCAACACCCAGGUCUCUCGAAAAAAACUUCUGCCUCUGCUCCAGGAAGCCCUGUCAGUGUAUUUUGACUCCAUGAAGAUCCCUUCGGGGCAGUCUGAGACAGUGGUUGUUUCCAAGGAGCAGGUGGACAAGGAAUUGGACAGGGCAAGUAACUCCCUGAUUCCUGGAUUGAGCCAAGAUGAGGAGGACCCUCCACUGCCCCCCACACCCAUGAACAGCUUGGUGGAUGAGUGCCCUCUGGAUCAGGGGCUGCCCAAACUCUCCGCUGAGGCUGUCUUUGAGAAAUGCAGCCAGAUCUCGCUGUCACAGUCUACCACUGCCUCCCUGUCAAAGAAGUGACUGUUGGGAGGGCAGGGGAUCGAUGGUAGGUGAGGUUACGUGACCCACCUGAAAUGCAUGUUUUGAGAUGUGUGGAGAUUCGGCAGUUGUCUUCAUUGCUCCAGAAUCUGGUAUACUGUUUCCAUAAAACUGUGAAGAGAAAGAAGUGAAAGAAAGCAGCUGCUAUGAGAAUGGCUUUGUACCUUUUUCCCCAAUUACCAAUCAGACAAAUUUUAUUAUUUAAUUUUAUUAUUUAAAUCUGGGCCAGGCACGGUGGCUCACACCUGUAAUCCUAGCUCUC